AAGUGGAUAGUUUGUUGUCUUUAGUCAGUCUGACAGUCGUUGGUAGCCGGCCACCAUCCUGUAGAUUUCCACUUAUUAGGGGAAGGAAGACACGAAGUCAUAAUUAAUGUUUUAAUUAUAAAUUCCUGUCUGUUUGUACUAUUUUUAACUCCUAUGUCGUUUUCAUUUUAUACUUGUAUUUGGAAAGGAUUGUGGUCCAGCAGAAUACAACACUUUUGACGGGCAGUGCUGCCCAAUGUGUGGUCAGUUCAUCUCCAGACUUCAAAACUCCUAAGAACUUCAUAAAUCCAGUGUGUGGGUCUUCCAGUGACUUGGAGAGGAUUGAGGAACCAUGGCACAGUUUGAAAGCUUGAUAUGGACUAUACCUAUAACUUCUAUACUUCUAAACAUUGAACCCUGUUUCACAUAUAUUCGCCCCAUCUAUAAAAUAGGCGAUAGAUAUUGCAGAAUGUGUAGGCCUGGAUAUCAUGUAAAUAGUCAUUGUACUAAAUCUACAAUCACCUCCUGUGUGCCCUGUAUUGACUCCACAUUCCUUGAUGAGCCCAGUGAGAAAACAACAUGCAACAACUGUACCACAUGUCAUCCAGGUUUGGGUUUGAAGGUAAAGCAGCCAUGUAGACCUUCAUCAGACACUGUCUGUUGGACACUGGAGGGGUUCUACUGUCUAGACCCAACUAAGGAUGGUUGUAGAGCAGCCCAGAGACACAGCAGCUGUAAACCUGGUCAAUACAUCAGCCACACAGGAACAACAUCUACAGAUACUGUGUGUGCUGACUGCCCUGGUAAAACUUAUUCAGAUGGAUCAUUAACAUCUUGUCAACCACACACAGAAUGUGAAUUCUUGGAAAUUGAACCAGGAACUCCUUGGUCGGAUUCAGAAUGCGGAGUAACCUCACUUCCCACAGCUGGAAUCAUAGCUGGUGUUCUGAUAUGUUUCCUGAUAUUCACCAUAGCUGGUGUUUGUUUAUUUAUAGUGAGAACAAAACUAAACUUAGGCCCUCAAAUACAUACACAGGCAUUCCCAUAUCAGGAUAUACCAAUGCUGUCUGAGGAAACUGUAAAAGAUUCAAGCCCCCAUCACAGUCAGUGACUCAACAUUCUGUAAGCUGUGCUCCACUGGCUGGCUGGUCCAGCCAUCUAUAGUGUAUUUUAACACUACAUGUUAAAUGUGAUAUUGUAGAAUCUGGUUGGUAUAAAAACAGGAUUCUACAGCACAUUCAAAGAAUAUGACCUCUGGGUAGAGGAUCACUGUGCAUUGACAAUUACUAUUAUGUGGCUUAGUGUAUGAAUCAUAUACAUCAGCUUCCACCCACACUGGAACACGUGCAUCAGCUUCUGCCUACAGCCUGUUCUAAAAUGAAAAGGACCAUGUGAUGAGGAUUAGGAACCAGCAUCGGUAGGUGAGAACCCUCUGCUCUGCCCAGGGGAAAGUCAAAUGUGUUCAUAACUUCAGGACCACAACGUCUGUCAGCCCAUACUAUGGAACUUCAAAUGGGACUUGAUAAUAUCUUGAGACACAGAUUACUGGAUACUGGUGCAGGAUGCAACCUUCGCUUGGGGAAGAUGCCCCAGAAAUUAGAAACGUCGUCAAAAGGAUGGGAAGGAAAUUCAAAUGGAUAACUUUACACUACAAGGACAUCAACAUCACGCUCAUAGAAGCAGACAAGGACAUCAACAUCACGCUCAUAGAAGCAGACAAAGACAUCAUCAUCACGCUCAUAGAAGCCGACAAGAACAUCAACAUCACGCUCAUAGAAGCAGACAAGGACAUCAACAUCACGCUCAUAGAAGCAGACAAGGACAUCAACAUCAUGCUCAUAGAAGCAGACAAGGACAUCAACAUCACGCUCAUAGAACCAGACAAGGACAUCAACAUCACGCUCAUAGAAGCCGACAAGGACAUCAACAUCACGCUCAUAGAAGCCGACAAGGACAUCAACAUCACGCUCAUAGAAGCAGACAAAGACAUCAACAUCACGCUCAUAGAAGCCGACAAGGACAUCAACAUCACGCUCAUAGAAGCCGACAAGGACAUCAACAUCACGCUCAUAGAACCAGACAAGGACAUCAACAUCACGCUCAUAGAAGCAGACAAGGACAUCAACAUCACGCUCAUAGAACCAGACAAGGACAUCAACAUCACGCUCAUAGAAGCAGACAAAGACAUCAACAUCACGCUCAUAGAAGCAGACAAGGACAUCAUCAUCACGCUCAUAGAACCAGACAAGGACAUCAACAUCACGCUCAUAGAACCAGACAAGGACAUCAACAUCACGCUCAUAGAAGCAGACAAGGACAUCAACAUCACGCUCAUAGAAGCAGACAAAGACAUCAACAUCACGCUCAUAGAAGCAGACAAGGACAUCAACAUCACGCUCAUAGAAGCAGACAAGGACAUCAACAUCACGCUCAUAGAAGCAGACAAAGACAUCAACAUCACGCUCAUAGAAGCAGACAAAGACAUCAACAAGCAGAUACAACCUCACUAUGGACUGUAUGGAUCUCAGAAGCAUUGAAAAGACAACAUUUCAGGAACUAUCCUGAACUGCUUCCCCUCCUAUCUCACAUAUAGGUGAGAAUAAGUAUUGUAGAAGAGUGCAGGUCCACUCAGUCACCUGUGGUGUCCCCCACCCUGGUCAUCCUCUGCCUACUUCCUCUCAGUUAUGUUAAUCAGGUGACUUAGGGUCCUCUUCCACAGUUUUUCAGAUGACAUGCAUGUCUACAUCUAAAUGGCCCCAAAUCCCUCAAAGUACAGGCUUGGUUGAAGCUCAACAUUCUACAUGUGAGCAGACGCAAAACUGAAGCCAUACUAUGUUGGCACCCCACACUUUCAAGUGCACCCACAGCCUGAUUAGCCAGGAAUAUUCCAGAAUGCACUAUAUUAAAUCUGCUCCAAACAGCUAUAAAGUGCCUUUCUGUAUGCUGUCCUCUCUCUGUUCUGGACUGAUGAUGUAAAAAGGACUUUAAAAAUAUAUAUUUAUUAGGCUUUAUAAAUGAAUUUGAUUGAUUGUCCUUUAUUUUAUUUACCCAUAGCUAGAGCCUUGCGUUACCUUGAGGCCGAUACAGCGCCUUCUCACAUAAUGUGUGAAACAAUUGUAACGUCAUUAUCCAAUUAGUCCAAAAUAAGUUCCCAACCAUGUUGAUUGACUUCAAAUUAAAUGUCUGCCGACACUCUCAGCAUCGUUCUCAUCAGCAGGCUACACUAGGACCGGACACAACCUCUAGCCGCAUAGGGCCUACAAUGUUUUAUCCAUCAAAAUAAAUACCAUCGUAAAAAUAAUGAAUUGAUUGUGUUAAACGCACAUAUCUUUUUCCAACAUGAGUCAUUAAUAAGUAGUAUUUUUAAAUAAUCAAUGGGUAUUCAUUAAUUUAUAAGUCCCAAAAAAGCUGUCAUCUAUUUCAUAGAUCACGUAGAUUCAAUUGACAACUCAUCAAUCAAUGGAUCAUACAGUUCUCAACAUGUUGCACUUUAUAUACAGUUGAAGUUUGUCCAAUUAUAUCUGUAUGUUACUGUACUCUGUUGCACUGACUGUCCUCAAAAAUGUGAGGUAAAAACAUGUAACAUGUAAAAGUUAUCACGUUUACUAUGUCCCAGUUAAAUCAGUUCAACUGAAGAGGCUAGUUGACGAGGAGAAAUUAAACUACUGGUUACAAAUAGAUAAUCAUAUUUCUGGCACCAUUUAGCUAACCAAGAUGAUUGUCCAUCACAGUCUUUAUCAGUUAACUUUACUACAGGUUUCGCUACAAUCUUCUGCAUUAUCCAGCAAGUUCUUUACAGAAAAAAAAGUGGUAUAACCAAAGUUUUACACUGUGCAAUACUCCCAAUUGGAAUAAUAUCAAUUUUAUUUAGAGAUGAAUGUUGUCUAAUGAUGAGGGAUUUGUACAAAGACUGAGUCAAUUUUAGAGGCCAAUUUGUCCUGGAACAAAAGGAGUUGGGAAAAUUGGUAAUAUGAUCUCACAAAUGUUUAUGUAAUGGAUGUACUUGAAGGUUGAAUAUAAUGCUGUUAAAUUCAAUGCAGUUUUGCUAAACAAUGUACACUUUCUGUGUUUAUUAUUUGAAAUGCAUGGAGGACAUCUACAAAACAAAAACUGCAAUAUUUCAUGCAAUCUUUUAAAGCUUCCAAAUUGUAAUGCCCACCGUUCAUGGGUAAAGACUUCCAUUAGCAUGGGAAAUUACAGUUUUUAUUAUUUUAGUAAAUAUUGUCAAUAGCACAUUUUAGAGCUCUACUGAACUGUAAAUUAAAGUACAACUAUUA